CUACCACACAAUACCUCACACUGCCUGCUUUUUCACCCUCAAAUUUAGCACCCUUUCUCCUUCUUCACUAAGCAAAAUCACUACAUUUGCCUUAAAUCUCUUGCUACGCAUUUGCAAACACCAGAACUAAAUACUACCAGAGAGAGAACUACGGCUAACUACUCUGAGAGAGAAAAUAGAAAUGGCAGUAGAUUGGGGACCAGUGGUGGUGGCGGUGGCAAUGUUCAUCUUAUUGUCACCCGGACUCCUAUGCCAGCUGCCAGCAAGAACGAGAGUCAUCGAGUUUGGGAACAUGUACACCAGCGGAAUUGCCAUCCUAGUUCAUGCUAUCUUAUACUUCUGUAUAUAUACCAUCUUGAUAGUCGCCAUUGGUGUCCACAUACGAUCUGGUUGAUACCUUUAAUUUCCUCCAUCUACUUCAUGUAUAUUAUCCCAUAGUUGAAAGUGACAACAAAGGCAACUGCAGACCUUCCUUGUGUUUCA